AUGAUUAGGGCAGCGCAUUGCUCCCCUAAGAAAAAGAACAACCUCCGGGGCUUCGGAGCCACACAGCCUGCCCGGGCCUCCCGUGCCCCCCAUGCCGGGCCCCAGCAUGGGGCAGGAGGUCCCCAGGCUCACAGCCCCCCCUGCCUCCAGAAACUGGAGGAGCAGGACCGCAGGGCGCUGAGCAUCAAGGAGCAGCUGCAGCGACAACACCGCUUCCUGAAGCGGCGCCUGGAGCAGCUGUCGGUGCAGAGCCUGGAGCGCGUGCGCACAGACAGCACAGGCUCCGCUGUCUCCACGGACGACUCGGAGCAAGAAGUGGACGUGGAGGGCAUGGAGUUUGGCCCCGGCGAGCUGGAUAGCGUCGGCAGCAGCAGUGACGUGGAUGACCACUACAGCCUGCAGAGCGACGGCGGCUACGGGCCCCCCUGCCGGCGGCCGGCCCGCCCCGGCCUCUCGUAGGCCCGGUGCCCUCUGUCCUUGGCCUGCCUGCCGCCCAGCCACGUGCGUCAGCCCUCCGGUCCUCUCUAGCCUCUUGGUGGGUCACUGCUGUGCCAUUCGGGAAGCUCCCGCAGCCUCCGGGGCUGCCGCCUCCCCCGCCUGCCGGUCAGGGCCCACCUCGCCGCCCGCCCCUCCCAGCUGGGCAGGGACCCCCGUGGGGAGGCGGGCCCAGCUCCCAGCCCUGGAGCCCAGCGUAGCCACCGUGGUCUGUUCUCCGAUUCCUGAUCAUUCCAGAAGUAUUAAAUGUCGUUGCUGCAAACCCGG